CUCCAGCACAGGAGGUGGCGGCAUGCACCUGAAACGUUGGUUUGCGGACCGCCAUUACAUCAUAGAAGAAGACGGAAGCGCACCUUUGAACAAAAUCAGCUUUGCUAACGCAGUAUUUCACAUGCAUUUUGCCAUAUUUAAUGGCUGUUUUAAAUAGCCCAAGUUUAAUCCGUUUAUUUCGUGCACGAGUUAUUGUUCUUAUAUUGACGUGCAGCUUUGUACUGUGUGUCUGGAAUUUGGAGAAUAAAACGCCAGAGAUAUCCACAGAACUGAUGACUGACCAGACUCUGGAGUAUUUUCUCAGCCAGGGGAAGAUGCAGGUUAAGGAUGCAGCAGAUAUUGAAUGGGCCCAUGCUGCCAACAGCAAGAACAAGAUCACAGAGGCACUACAGAGCUCCGCCCACAUGAUAGAGGCAGACAUACUUCUGAGGAGUAACGACCCUAAAGAUCCAAUCAUGGCUCAUCCUCCUGAGACCGACAGUGAUGUCACGCUGCGUGAUUGGCUGAAGGAGGUCAAGGCAUCAGACAAAGGGAUAAAGCUCGACUUCAAAAGCCUGGCAGCGGUCGCUCCAUCCAUGGUGUUAUUAGACGAGGUUCGGGCUGAGCUCCAUGGUCCCGUGUGGAUCAACGCUGACAUCCUGCCAGGCCCUGGAGGCAAGGCCACACCCCUUGACCCCAAAGUCUUCCUGGAGGCAGCUGUGACCCCUGGUUCCCAUGGUGAUGUUCUCUCCCUGGGCUGGACAACGGGCUGGACUGCAGAUACACACAACCCAGGGUACAGCUGGGAGAUGGUGAGGGAGAUGGAGGCAAUGUGUCGGACCCUAAGACAUCCGGUCACCUUCCCUGUCAGAGCAGCCCUCCUGGCCCAGUCAUUCUCCCAGCUACACUGGCUUUUACAGCAGUCAGACAGAUCUAAUAGCAUGAGAUCCCAGGAUGUUGUCUCUGCUCUGCUCAAACACCUGAUUCUACUAAUCAGCUGUUCCCUGGAUGGCAGGACCUUUUGUAGGUACAGCCUGACAAUAUGGACUGGCCACACUGAUGUCUUCGUUGUAAAGGACCUACUGCCUUACAGGAGUGGCAUCGACAAGACCAGGAUAUAUUACGACCUGCUGGACUCCCAGAGGACACAGCUCAGAGGACUAACAGGCUACUGAUCUUGUGUUAUUAAACAAACAAACAAACAAUCUC